AUGCCAGCAACUUCAUCCUUACUUGUCAGAGAAGGUCAAACCGACUUUGCUCCAUUCUCCCCUCCCGAUCUCUCUCUCGCUCACACUCAAUGGCUCCUCGUCCUCCAAUCCCGUAUGGACGCCCUCAACUCCGCAAGAGACCAUUCACUAGAUUUCGACCUGGGCGGUACAUCCGUAGAUUCCGACCUUGUUGCUCCGCUCGAAGAGGCCGUCGACGAAGCUAGACGGAUGGUCUGUGCUUUGGGUGGCGAGAUGAGAAGAAGAUCCGAAGGGAAUUUACCACCUUGGGUCGAACAGAAGGGGCAUAGGAUUGAUAACGCGAUGAUAAGGAAUACUUCUGCUGGUCAGUAA